UGAAUUGCUCCAAAAUUGAGGUGCCGUAUAAUCAUAGAUUCCUGCUAAAAAUAAUUACAGGUUCUUCUUAACAAUCUACCGCGAAUCUCUAAAUUUAAAGGCUUAAAUCAUCUAUAUAUACCGUCUUUCUCAUCAAACGAUGGCAUUGUGUUCCAUUUAUAAUUUUGCAUUUACAAGUUUAUUUUACAUUGUUCCCUAUAGAUUGUUCCCUGGCCUGAAUUUUUUCAUUUCCUUCUGUUUUAUUUGGGCCAUGGGUUCCAAAGCGUUGUUUUUCUUCGCCUUUCUAGCUUUCUUUGUUGCUGCUACCUUCGUAGAAUGUCAGGAUCUGAAUAUAAUUGACAUCACACACGAGUACGUUCCCACGAUGCCAUCGUAUGGCUCCAAAAAAGGUCUUGGAGAGAUUCUGACAUUAGUUUGUGACCAGAGGAAAGGAUUUAAAACUACAAACUCCCUGUUGACAAUUCAAGUCCAUUCGGGCACUCAUACUGAUGCUCCUUCACAUGCUUUCAUAGAGUAUUUUAAUCAGCAGACUGAUGCUACUACUCUUGACCUUCAGACACUUAAUGGACCUGCCAUCGUGGUUGACGUUCCCAGAGACCAGAACAUAACUGCUGAUGUUAUGAAGCUUUUGAAUAUUCCCCGGGGAGUAAAGCGUGUGCUUUUCAGGACCUUAAACACCGACAAGAAACUCAUGAGUUUUACAGAGUUUGACUCGAGCUACGUGGGAUUCACACAGGAUGGAGCACAAUAUCUUGUAGAUAAUACUGAUAUUAAACUUGUUGGAAUUGAUUACCUGUCAAUUGCUUCAGCUUUCGAUGUUCUUUCUCCACAUCUAGUAUUGAUGAAAAAUAAGGAUAUUAUUCCUUUGGAAGGCUUAAAGCUUGAUGGAGUCGAGGUGAAUGUUCCAUACACCAUUCACUGCCUACCUCUAAAGUUGCACGCUGAUGCGUCUCCAGUGAGGUGCAUUCUCAUCAAGUGAAGCCCUCCGGCUAAAGUAGCUUAAUGUAAGAAGCGAGUUGUACGUACUUGCUUCUUCAUUUAACCGAUCCUGCCCGCGACAAACUUCCUGCAGCAGGACCAAAUUUUUCUUUUGCUUAUGCGGUUUACACGCCUUGUAAUAUCUGACAAUAUUGCCAUUUAGUAAUAAAAAUGGCUACUCUCUUCGUGUUUCUUUUAUAUCCUCGCCUCAACUACUCUCUUCGUGUUUCUUUUAUAUCCUCGCCUCAACUUGGCGGCGAUUCAUUGUAAUACGAUUAUUAGUUGAUUACAAAUUAUUUCCCUUCGC